AUGCCCUACUUCACCACCAGCCAAGAAUGGUUCCACCAAUCCUCCCUCCUCCUCCAAGCGCGCCCUACCACCACACGCAUAACCUCCAAAUACACCAUCUCCUCCUCGACCUCCUCUGCUACAGCCCGCCGGAAACGCAAAGCCCAAGCCCGAGCUUCAGACACGACCGCCGACGCCAAUACCUCCGACACUACAAUCUCCACAACCCCAGCGCCGUCCUCACAACCCGCUGGUCCCAAAGCGACACUCACGCUAAAGACAUUCGACCCCGAGUCCGGCGUCUGCCUGAAAUACCAGACCACAAAAGCGGCUGAGGUAGGGCGGUUGAUUGCGAGUCUGGGGAAACUGGGGCGGGGGAUGGCUGGGUUGGCGGAGCUUGCUGAGGAUGCCACAAUGGUGGAUGCACCGCCCACGGAACAGGGACCAGGCCUGAGCACACCUGUAUCGGAUGCGGCAGGUAAGGAGGCGAAACCUGGGGCGUCGGAGACGAAGGCCGCGCCCCAGGCAGGGGGAGGUGGAGGGAAGAAGAGAAAGAAGGGGAAGAAAUGA